AUGUAUGUUUGUAUCAGGUAUUGUUACCGGCCUUAUACCUUCAAUAGAUUUGUUCUUGCUGCAGUGGAACUCAAUGGUGCAAUCUAUGCCACUGGCGGAUUUGAUGGAAAUGAUUACUUAAGGUAUGCACUUGGUGGCUUUGAUGGUGACAAAAUGGUUCCAAGCUCCUCUUUGUCGCCGUCCCCUCCACAGGCUACCGCGCCCAAAGCCUAUCCUCCAACCACCUCCUCCGCUCCCCCACCCACCACCACCACCCCUCCUCCACUCGCUCCCGCUCCCGUUUCAAAAACCACUCUGGCCUCUUCUCCUCCGUCCACCACUCCUUCCUCCUCCUCCUCCUUUGGCCCUACCGCUUCCUCUCCUUCAAACUCCCCUACCGAUUCUCCUCCCGCCCUCGUGUCUCCCUCCGACUCCCCCGUCACCUCCAGCCCCGUCGUAGUCAGCGACGGACCCGCCGACGCCCCCACACUUCAACUGCAAAUCUGCUUACGUGGCCUGAAAGGAUAUGGAGAGAAGCAAUCCGGUGAGGAAGCCACACACUUCAAGUGCAGAUUUGCUUACCCGUCGGAUGGGAUGAGGAAGGUAGUGUAUGGGUUUCAAGUCACCGAUGAAGAGGUCGAGAGCUUGAAUAAAAGACUUAACAGGAAGUUGUGA